GAGUUUGAACGACCCUCCUACUUCAUCCCAAUUGUUAAACUUUGUAUUCAAUACCUCUGAUUUCUGCAUGUGCAUGAAGGCGGUCGGGGCUAUGCGUAUCAAGUUGACUUCGUCUAUUCCUUGAAUAUAGUCCAGACAUGUGUUCACGUUUUUCACAUUUUUUGAGAGUUUCCACUCCCUUUCCAACAGCCCACAUCAUUUUCGGAACGUAAAAGAUGUGGGCUGUGUGAGCGAUCUUCACGUCUCACCCGAAAACCGGGUUAUGAUGGAACUCCGACACUUCAGCGAAUUCUUCCAUCGAUUGUGAAUACAUAUUGCGGUCGACAUCUCCGGAGCUUCCUUCUCCUUUCAAAGAAGUGCCUCCACCCCCACUGCGAAUCAUGUCGGCAUUGAGGUCGUGGAAAAUCAAGUGGCAAAUUCCGAUGUUGAGAGGAUGUAGGCUUCGACUUCAAAGAAGACGAGGAAAUCUUUGGGUGAAAUGAGGACACCAUGCUUCUUGCUUCCCACAUUUUCCCACAUUCAAUUCAUUCAUUGCUGCAAAAAUACGGUUUGACCCACGCCAGCGUCUAACCACACGCACUCCAGCAGAGGGCCGUGAGAACAAAGGCCGACCAGUCUGCGAUACGGAUCCCCUCACCAGGUGAGGGGAGAUCUUCUGUGUUCUGCAUUUUUCUGACCGGAGUAUGUGUGAGUCCCGGUAUAUUCCGAAGCCGAGGCCGGUCAUGAUCCGGCAUAUUCCGAAGCCCGGCGACCGGAGACCGGCGACCAAGUCGAAGAAAUGCCCACAUUGAAGCAUUCGUUCGUUCCCUGUUUUUGCUUCGGUGACAAGAUUUUCGAAGUCUCUUCUGCCAGGUCAGCAUCUUUAAUACUCCCGCUUUUCCCCGCGCCAUUAUCUCUUGCAAUACUUUCUGCUCGAUAGAAUUCGAACCCGAAGGUAUUUCUAAUGUCGAAAUCUGAAAUUCGAACGUUCGAGGGGCGUCCGCUAACGGGCCACAUGAUAAAGAGCUUCCGUCCGACUUGGCUCUUAUGGUUUGGGUUGGGUUAGGUUGUUGGCUUAUAAGCUUCGCGGCGCCACUGUGGACUUCAGAUGUUAUGGCGAUUCCUUGGUGGAAGUGGCGCGGUGUUUUCUUGGAAUCAAGACAAUGUGGAAUGAUGAAUCCGAAAUAAGUCAUUCUUGCGGACGGUGUUAACUCCGUGGUAUCUAGCGGCCUUCCUCCGAUGUGAAGGGCAAGUGUCAUCCGCGAUGGAUGGCCCAAAAGCGAGUGAAAACUCGGGGGACGAUCCGAACGACGCCCGGAACGACUCUUGCCAAAUUCAUCCAUCCAGACGGGCUAUGAGUAUCACGCUACAGAACAUAGACAUGACCUGGACAUGCAAAGGAACCACGACCGGUUUCAUAUUCUGCAUGCCCUAAGAUGCUGCUCUCCAGUCCACUGACUUUUUGCCAAUUAUGAGUUCAGUAGUUUUGCUUCUCCUUUCACGGACAAAAAGAUCUUUCUCGAACAUAAUUGAGUUCAACUUCUCUUGUAGGGUCACGAGUGUCAGAUCGAGUCUUUUACUGUUUCUGAUGAGUUACGAUUUCAGCGGACUCUCAUUGCCUUCAAAAGUGGCACGCCUUCAUUGCCUCGCGAGCAUCAUUCCUUUCUCAUUUAUGCUCGUCUCGCCCUCGUCUCUCGACGCCAUUUGCAAAAUUAGAAUCCGAAAUGCCACCUUCUUUUCGGUGCGUGUCUUCAGCAGGACACGAUGGACAGUCGAGGAGUUGGCAUCAAAUGUGUGCGUAAUGGCAGCAGCUGUAACGCCUCGCUUCGCACUCACCGAUGGAAUUGUGGUCUGGUCUUUGAUUCCUUCCGCUCGGAAUUCUUGUCCCGCUCCUGCGCAGAUUUAUUGCUCCCUUUCCUUCUGGCGAAGUAAUGCGUGAACGGAAAGAGUCCCUUGUCCGAAAAAAAAUCCCGAGACAAUCGUUUUUCCAUAUGCUAUAGAGAAUGUUUUCUGCAUCAGGGGACUCUCUCGUCCACAUGAGCGAUUUAAUACUGCGCAUUAAGCUCAAGGACUACUGAAUAUGUUAUUUCGCCUGAAGCUCUUGGGGUAGAAAUAUUGUGACGCCAUGGGCCAUGGUGCAUCGAGCUCAAACCCAGUCUGAGGUUUAUCCAUAUCCAUCUCACCUAGUAUAUAUAUAUUAGGAGAGGGGGCCACCGGAUCGGAAGGUCAUGGCCAAGGAGCCGGUAAAGGGACCGAGGGUGCGGGCGGUCUCCGGGUUGCAAUCUGGGGCUUUUUGGUGGGUGGGCGGUAAUUUAGGGGCGAGCAUUUAGAGGCGAGCAAGUAGUCCAAAUUACUCGAACAUAAUAAUCAUUGGAGAGCAAGCAGUGACGUUUGAGAGCAAGUUCCCCCCUACUACUACUACUAACAGGCCAUGCUUGUCUCGGUGCAGAUUUUAGGUCUGGAUUAUACUCAUGUCCCCGAAGCCGUGACAUAUCGGAUUAUAAUACAGUAAGCGGAAUGCUCAAGGCGAAAGAAACAGGAUAGAAGACUCUAAGCGAUCGCAGCAAAACUUGUCCCCCAAAAGUUGAUAGCCCGACGACCAGACCUGGAAAGGGGCGGGGAAUCUUUUCUCUCGCGCACAUCGGAAUGACCUCUCGCAGCCCGGCGCCCGUCGAAGCCUAGUGCCAUAAUGCCGAGCACAAGCAGAGCAUCCGGGCUUCGUAGACCAUCAGGGCCAGACAGACAGAAAAAGAAGUAGAAGAAUCCGUAGCUUGGCUAUGGCAUCUGGGAAAGCGUCGUCCGCAACCAGGUGAGGCCUCGUGUACACUUCUGCGGCGAAGUCCGAAGGCUGAAGGCUGAAGCGUCGUCGCAGAAUGGCAUCAUGAAUCGGAUAGGACAGUUGAAGCUGAUGACGCUCAACACUCCACCGCACCCUGAGGCACCAUGUGUCUACCGUGUCAACUCGCUCCAAUUCCGAUGCAUUCAGUGGCAUCCGACGCCCACUUCGCUUCGUGUUCAUCUUCAUCAUCUGGGUGCCUUUCGACCGCCGGGGCGAGACGAUCCCCGCAUCCGAGAGAGGACUUCAUCAAGGUACGCUCGCGAAGGCAGAGAGAGAUGCUGUGAAACAGCGAAACUCGCCCGCCCGAAAUGGCAUCUGUUAUCCACAACAGCAGAUAAAGCGAGGCCGCGUUCCGCAGACAAGUGAGGCACGUCCGUGCUGACACCCGAGAAAUUUUGCGAGCGUAAUGGCGCCCAUGUCCUUUUGCUCAUGUACAGUGAGUGCCAGCUUCAUGUGAGCGAGGCUUCACAUCUCUCGAUGACACACCGUAUCCAAGGCCACUUUCCCAAAGCAAAUGCCUGAUUUUCUGUUGGAUAGGGAAGACAAAAGACUCCGAUCCUCGCUGCGACCCGUCCUCUGCUGCCUCCGUCGCCUCGCGCCUCUCCUGUGGUCCCCGAAUGCCUCAUUGUUUAUCGGGAAAGAGGGCCUCCUCCGCUAUAAUGAGGUCCGAGUAGGGACCCGACCCCCGAGGCUACCCCCCACCCCUCCGGCACGCCCCGCAGACAGAGACAGACCGAGCGGACGGAAAGUUUCGCCGUCCGGGUGCCCGACGUAUGUAUGACCG